UCGAGAAGGUCAGCGGAUUGCUGAGCGCACAAAAUGAAAGCCACGCAGAGCGACCACCUGUCCCAGAAGAGGACGGAGAUGCAGCAGUAGGGGAGGGGGUCUGUGGAGACCCCGCUGGUGGGCACCUCAACAAGGAGUGCAAAGGGAGAGCCGAGGUGAAUGUGAACCCCACAGGGCCGGCUGAUCCCCAUGCCUCGGGCCCAGGGGGGGGUAUCGUCAAAACCUCCAGGGACCCAAAGGACAGCCCGGCACCCAUGGGACAGGAUGUAGCACAGGAAGAGGAGGCGUGGCCCUCCAACGUGGAAGUGGAAGAGCAGGGUGCUGAGCAGAGCAUUGAGCGGAGCGCUGAACGGAGCAGGCCGGAGGAUGGAGGCCCCACCGCCGGGCCCCGGGGGGAGCGAGGGGGGGUGAAGCUGUUCCUGGUGGACAGGCUCUUCCUCACAGCCCCCCAUGUUAAAGCGGAAAGCUCGGCGUGGGACGCCUUGGAAUGUUCUGGGGCCGAUCAGCGGGAACAGGACCAAGCCAGCAUCAAGGAAGUGGUCAGCCUCCACGAGGCAGGGUUUAUGGUCAGAAUCCAGGCUCCUGCGACGGAGACGUUUGAGCUGCAGGUGUCGGGCCAGAUGCUGGUGACUGAGCUGCAUCAGGUGCUGAUGGACCAUGAGAUGACCUGCCUGCGCACCUGCUUCUCCCUGCAGCUAGGGGGCGCUGUGCUCGACGCCCUCACGGAGCUGCGCCUGGUCCCGGGCCUCGGGGAGGGGGCCCUGGUCAAGGUGGUCGAGGAUCCCUACACGGUGCGCGACGCCCGGCUGCACCUCAAGCACGUGCGCAGCCUCCUGCGGAGCCUGGACGUGGCCGACGCCCACAACGGGGCCAACGGCAGCUCGCUGUCCUACCUGAGCCUGUACACCAGGGGCCCGCCAGACCCUGUGAACGGGUCUAAGAGCCGCGCCGCGGAGAGGGAGACCAUCGACUGCCUCCUCCCAGACUACAUCACGCCCGGGUGCAAGGACCGCCCCCUGACCCCACUACAGCCAAUCAGAGAGGACUGGAAGCCGCUGCAGUGCCUGCGCGUGCUGACGGUGAACAGCUGGAACCCGCCCCCAGGGAACAGGAAGAUGCACGGGGACCUGAUGUACCUCAACGUGGUGACGGUGGAGGGCCGGGACCUGAACAUCACCGCCUCCACCCGCGGCUUCUACCUCAACCAGUCGACUGCCUUCACCUUUAACCCCAAGCCGGCGCUCCCCAAGACCCUGAGCCAUUCGCUGGUGGAGCUGCUGAGUCAGGUCAGCCCCGUGUUCAGGAGAACCUUUAGCACGCUGCAGAGGAAGAGGGUGCUGCAGCAUCCUUACGAGCGGAUAGCCACGCCUUACCAGGUGUACACCUGGGUCGCGCCACACGCAGACCACGCCCUGGACUGUGUGAGGGCGGAGGAGACCCCUGCCAGCCGGGUGGGCCAGGACGAGCACACGGUCGGACAGAGCCGUGACUGGAACGAGGAGCUGCAGGGUUGCAGAGAACUUCCUCGGAGCAGCCUUCAGGAGCGCCUGCACCGAGAGAGGAACAUCUUUAAGACCAACAGUGACUUUGUCAACGCCGCGACACAAGGGGCCAUUGCGGUUGUCGACGGCAACGUCAUGGCUAUAAACCCCGGGGAGGAGCCCCGGAAGCAGAUUUUCAUCUGGAACAACCUGUUCUUCAGCCUGGGUUUGGACACCGCAGACUACUACCGCCCUCUAGGGGGCGACGCUGCGGCCCACGCCGCACCCGUCUGUGACCUGAGAGGCGUGCAGGCCUACGCUUUCAUCGACAUCCCGGGACUGCACACGCUGGGGACAGCAUUGGUUGAUUACCAUGGUCACCGGGUCACAGCCCAGGCCAUUGUUCCUGGUCUGCUGGAGCAGCACCAGGACCGGGGCCUGCUGUAUGGCUCCAAUGACCACGGACACACUGUUGUCUCGGAUACCAAGUUCCUGGACCUGCUGGGUAAGACCUGCAGACCCCUUAGAGUCCAGCGGCACAUGGUCCUGGACCACCACCACACCGCGGUGGAACUCUGCUCCUGCGUCCAGACCAAGGGCAUUCUGGGAAACGACGGAAGAGCCUACAUCCUGGACCUUCACGGGACCUUCCCGCCGGACCUUAACUUCCUGUUGUCAGACGGCGGUGAGGGGGUGCCCGAGGAAUGCAAGAGGCUUGGUUUCCCGUGGAAACACAGACACAGCCUGGCAAGCCUGAGACCCGAGCUCAUAGAGGCCUUCGUCCAGCAUCGGUACGCACUCUUCCAGAACAUGGUGUCCAGUGGCCUGGAGAAGCUUUCUGCAGAUGGAGCCAGCUUGGAGAACAGGUCAGACUCCACAGGAGUCAGGCUCUCUGCAGAUGUACAGAGUGAAGCUCUCAUCAAGACAUUGGCAAAACAAAAUGGUGGCACUGCCAUGGAGGACAUGGAUCCUCAGCGAAGGCAGAUGAUCCUGGAGGCCUGCAGGGCGGUCGGCUCAGUGAGUGACACUUCCUUUGAGAUCUGCUUCAACCCGGAUGUUUGCUCUCCAGCUGUCCGUAUUCCCUCAGAGAGUGUCUAUGAGGUGCCCAAGCAGAAGCAGUUAUUAUGGGAUGCUGCAGCAUUUCUCCUGUCCAAUCAGAUUCCAGCAGUGGUGAGGGACUUCCUAGACCACACAGCAGUGCCCCUGGACGGGGGCUCUCUGAGACUGGCCCUCCACCAGCGGGGGGUCAACAUGCGCUACCUGGGGCCCCUGCUGAGGGCCCUGGAGACGGCCCCGGAGGGAGAGAGGCUGAGCCACGUCCAGAGAAUCUCGAUCAGUGAGGUGAUCAUCAGAAGUGCCAAACACAUCUUCAGGAUCUAUCUUCAGAAUGUAGAGGCGGCGGCCCUGUCGGCGGCUGUCAGUCACUUCCUGAACUGCCUGCUAAGCUCCGCCUCCUCGGCCCCUGACUCGGCCGACGAGCUGCUCAGCCGGCGCCGCGGGAGCCGCCGCCGCCGCUCCCAGGGGAGCCGGGCCGCCGCGCUGGCGGAGACAGCCUGGGCGCGGAUGACCCCGGGAGACCUCUGGAGGAAGAUCCAGAACGAGGCUGAGGACUAUUACCACUACACACUACACUGUGACAGUGUAGACGAGGCGGUGGAAAGAUGGAGCCUCCAGAAGAUCUCCCUGCUCAGAGAGAUCGCCAUGAAAACAGGCAUCCAGGUGCAGCUCAGGGACUAUGUGUUCGAGUCCCGCCACCGACCAGUGUUCAGUGAAGAGGAUGUGGUCAACAUGUCCCCCGUGGUCAAACAUCUCAGACCCUCGGCCACUGAUGCCACCGGCCUGAUCCAGCAGGCCCAGGUGGCCGUGCAGCAGGGUCUUCUUGGGGAGGGGUAUGAGCUGAUCCAGCAGGCGAUGACCCUGUUCAGCAGUGUAUGUGGGAUCCAACAUGAGGACGUGUCAACCUGCCUUCGUCUUCUGGCCCGGAUCAGCUACAUCACCGGAGAAUAUGCUGACGCACUGAGUCACCAGGAGAAAGCGGUGAUGUGUACUGAGAGGGUCCAGGGCAUCGAUCACCCACAGACCAUACAGGACUAUAUGCUCUUGGCCUUGUAUUGCUUCGCUGCCGGGCAGCCAGCCGCUGUGUUGCGCCUGCUGGGCCGGGCUCGUUACCUCACCCUCCUGCUGAGCGGGGAUGAUCACCCGCAGCUCGUGCAACUGGAUAGUAUGCUAGGUCUGGUUCUUCAUGGCCUGAUGAACUAUGACCAGUCCCUGAAGUUCCUGCAGAAUGGCUUAAAGAUGACGCUGAAAUACAACGGCGCCUCAUCACUCAAAUGUGCACACAGUCAUCACCUGCUGGCCACGCUGCUGGAGAGCAGAGGAGACUAUCGUCUGGCACUGCAGCAUGAGAAGGAGGCGUACUCUCUCUACAGGAGUCAGGCAGGUGAGGACCAUGACAGCACAAAGGAGAGCUCAGAGUACCUGCAGACUCUGACCAGGCAGGCUGUGAUUCUACAGAGAGCUCUCAACCACAUCUACAGCAACAAACCCAACGCCUGCACUCCCCCGCCAAAGUUUUCUACACCCAGCCUCCCCAUGAUCCUGCAGCAGCUCAAUAUAACGUGUGGCAUUCUGUUCAUACCACUGAGUGAGAAACAAGUUGCAGAUCUGAAGAUUGAAUUGAAAGGAGCGCAAACAGAUCAUGUGCACGGAGUGGGGCAAUAGCACAAGACUAUACAAAAUAUUAGUCAACCGUGGGCAUUGCACGUCCAAAUACUAAUUCUUUAAAUUAAUAAUAUUUAUUCUAAUCUAUUUUUCCUCAUUAUUCCUUUCAGUUGAUCAAACUUGCUUAAUAAAAGCAAGAACAAACAAAUGUAUUUGUGGCUCUUAUAUUGAAAAAUGUGUUGUUGAGAUGACCACUUUACGUCCCUUUGGUGGUGGGAAUGUCUUUGAUGAGGGGAAGGACAUGAGCAAUGAUGGCAUACUGUGGAUAACAAAUAUAUUUCAAGGAUUUGUGUGAGCCCUUAAAUGAACGCCCUGUACUGUGAUGGUCUGAACCUGAUAUAAGUGUUUUUAUAUGGGACGGCAAGGGCAUCACAGAUCCAGUUUGAUGCACUGGCAGCAAAUCAUCUGAUGUAUUUUAUUAAUUCUAUUAAUUUCCGCAAGCUCAUUGAUUCUCUGUAUUAAAGGCAUU